AUGUCGGCGAUUCAAAAAGGCAGGCCAAGCGGCUCCAGCAGCGACUCUCGAAUGCUCAACAUCCUUGGAACUUCCCAAGCCACACGCCAGGAAGGGUCAGAUGACGGAUCAGAGGAAGGCGCAAUUACGCCUCCUUCUCACGGCCGCCCAAACUCCUUAAAUAUCAGAGGGAGCGCCAAUGGGGCUUCUCGGCAAGCAUCUGACCUGCAGCAGUCGCAGCAGCGAUCACAGAUGGGUGCGGCAAGGCUGUCGGAGGAAGAUGAGCAUUCCGCGCCUGCACCGGAGCAUCGCUCGAGCAGACCUCAUCUGCCACGAACACCAAUGAGACCAGCGGGGAGUCACGAGCAGCAACAAGGACCAGAAAAGGUUGAUGGAUCCAGAUCAGCGGGUGAUCGCAGUCCAAAGGCUACUGACUCUUCGUUUCACAGGAGUGCAAGGCGUUCCCGCGACGAGUCUCCCAAAGAGGCUUUGCACGACGAGGCUCGCAUUUACGCGCAUCAUCAUGCUCCUGAGUCUCGUCGCGAUUCUUGGGAAUAUGAUCGCAGCUCUAAGCGAGUGCGUAGGGAAGCCUCGCGGUCUCCUUCGGCGUACAGCCACCACUCGAGGGGGGAAGCGAGGCGAGCGGACCAUCAAUUCAAGCCGGAAAGGCAUCGCACCGAUCGCUGGACACCAGAGCGAGAACGCCAUAGAAAUCAUCGUGAUGAAAGAAGCUCCCACCGUCGGGCUGAAGAGAACGGCCGCUCGGAUCAUGACAGACGUCGAGAUCGCUACGACGCAGGUUUUGGCAGAGAUAGUCGCGUACAAGAACUAGAAGGAGAGUAUGAUCGUGAGAGGAGGCGACAUGAAGACGACAGAGAUGCGGAUCGUGUCUUGGAUCGCCACAUUUCGAGGCGCAGUCGCGACGACCACGACCGAGAAUGGCAUCGCCGUGAGAGGGAGCGUGAAACAGAACGCGAGUACCCGGACCAUCAUCGAGAGCGCAGUGAUCGACGCCGAGGCAUCGUUCACCCAGAAGAGCAUCGACUGUCACGAAACGAGAGGAGCUCGCAUUUCGAGCGAAAUACUCAUGCGCGCAGGUCGAGGUCACCCCACUAUCAAGACGAGGAUCUCAGCGUACGCCGACAUCGCGGACCGAGCUCUCCUUCCUAUCGGGAUGAUGAUGCCUACACUUCCAGACGUCAAGAGCAGAGACAUAGCACUGCUCAUCGCGUAGAUCGCUCGAAUCGAAAUCACUACGAAUAUAGAGGCCAGGGAGAGGAGGUCGCGUGGGGAGUUCGCAGAGUGGAUCGCGAGGUUGCAGAGAGCGAUUCAUCCAGGCAACGUGCUGAGCGGCGCCACGACUCACCAGAGAGAACUCUCUCUCGCAAAGCGUCCUCCAUCUCUUUGAAAGCGAAAGCCAGCUUGCAAGAGUUCUCUGUCUCCACUGACAAGACGCACAACAAAGAUCAUCUCUCUAGGUCAGAGAAUCCCGAUCUGCAACACGAGCCGGAGGAACCCGCACCACCUGCAACGCCACCCCCGCCCUCCGAGCAGCCACCUCCGCCUGAGCUACUCCCCUCUCCACCGGCGCCUUCGGGGCUAGUCGAUGAAGAUGGCGACGUUAGGAUGCGAGAUGCGAGCGCUGCUCCUUCCACCUUGACGGGCGCUCGCAGUGUUGGUGCCCGGACAAGUGGAUGGCGUACAGGUGCACACACGUCCAGAACCAACGCUAGCAGCAUAGACUCUUUCAGCCCUGCUUUAUUCAACGGAGACGCCCCCAACCGGCAUGUGAAGGACGAUAACGUCGAUCUUGGGCCGCCUACAAUUAGUGAGCGAGUCCGACGCCGCAACAGAGCUCAGCCGGUCCCUCUGGAGCACCGCACUUUCAAGGGCUGUAGCCCCGUCGACAUGUACGAUGUGGGUCAGAAACUUGGUCAAGGGACGUUUGGGUGAGUGACAGCAUGGGAUCACACACUCGAGCCACGUCCCAUCUUCCUUGCUCACAAUCGAAUUCACUCGAUGUAGAGUCGUCGAGCGCGCGAAGCAUAAGGUCACAGGUAACGAUGUUGCCAUGAAGCGCGUGACCAUACACGAUGAGAAGGACGGCGUGAGUCGGAGCAGUGCUCGUCGUGCAAUUGAUAGACGCUCACUUGCUCCCUACGCCGCCUUUGCAGUUCCCUUUGACAGCUAUACGCGAGAUCAAAUUGCUCAAACGCCUGUCUCAUCCUGCCAUUGUGCCAGUCAUAGAUAUGGCAUACAGACGCUUCUCUGACCGUCGGCCAAGGGAAAUCUACAUGAUCGAACCCUACAUGGACCAUGACCUGAAUGGUAUGCUGGAGAACCCUUCCAUCAGCUUCACGCCAAGUCAGAUGAAGUUGUACAUGAAGCAGCUUCUUGAAGGAACGCUGUACAUGCAUCAGGUAAGUACCCUCACAUUUGCACAGUCUGGCAAUGGAUGGAUGAGCUCACGUCGGACUUGUGUAUCCCUCAGAAUAAGAUCUUGCACCGAGAUAUGAAGGCUGCAAAUCUCCUGAUAAACAACGAGGGCCAGCUGCAGAUCGCAGACUUUGGGCUUGCCCGGCCUUUCAGAGAUCCGGGACAUGCUUGGAAGCGAGACGGGUGGAAGGGUGGUGAUGCUGCUCAGGCGUACACGGAGAUGGUGGUUACGCGGUGGUAUCGGCCGCCGGAGCUGUUGGCUGGCGAGCGAAAGUAUGGCCCUCCCAUCGACAUGUGGGGUCUGGGGUAAGUUGGAGAGAGGCGCAGCACGUUUCUUGCGCGCUUCUUCUGACCAAAUUCCUGUUCGCCUUGCCAGAUGUAUACUUGCCGAAAUGGUCAUCAAGGGCCCGCUCUUCAAAGGCACUUCAGAGAUCAAUCAGCUCGAGCUCAUAUCACAGCUCUGUGGCUCGCCAAACGAGAAGAACUAUCCCGGCUGGAACAGCCUGCCUGGUGUCAGGAAUGCAAGAGCUGAUGGGCGACCUUCGUCUGAUGAGGAGCCAGGCCGCCAUGACUUUGGGAAUCACCCUCGCCGGGUGAUCGAGCACUUCACGAAGGGACCGGUCAACGUGUGAGUUGAGGCCUCUCUCAGUUAGAGGUGGCAGGGGAAGGACUGACGUUGUGAAGUUGUUUUUCCUCAGACGACAAGAGCUAGCAGACCUUAUCGACAAGCUCUUAGUGCUGGAUCCGAGGAAGCGUAUGACGGCAGAAGAAGCCCUGCAGCACGACUGGUUCUGGCAAACUCCUUACCCUGCGCUGCCGACUUCGUGAGUCUUCGCAAGCAUCUCGACCCGCUUUGUCGAGCGGUGCUGACCCGGAACCGUGUCCAUCGCUACCCCAGCCUGCCACGCUAUGAGGCUUCCAAGGAGAUAGACAGGCAGCAAUUGCGUGAGGGUCGGAAGAGAACGCACGCUCCGCCUGCCCGUCCACCACAACCGCCGGUCGCCAUGCUACCACCAAUGCAGGCCGGCAUGCCUCGGAUGGCCAAUGGCGCCCCCACAAGCAUGGCCUUUGCAGAUCAUGGAUCUAUGCAUACGCUCAACAAUCUAUCUCGAGCACAAGGCAUCUCUCACGGCCAGGGAACGGGACCGGCAAACACCAGUCAAUGGGGUCAUCCAAAUCACGUGCAGCAGCAGGCACCCCCGCCUCGAGCGGGAGCGGGAGCAUUCAUGGGUCUGGCGAAUGGAGGCGGCCAAAUGCAUCACGCGGGCCCAAACGUGGGGCCGAGUCAAGCCGGCUACCCGCAGUCUCGUGGGCCUGGGCCUCAACCUGGACCGCACACCUUUGCACAAUCUGGACUUCCGCCCCGCCCAGCUUUUGUCCCAGAGUCAAUGCAGAUGCAUCAGCAGCACAGACCUGGUCCGCAUCCUUCCCGUGGAUAUCCUCUUCCUAACUCGGGUCCUGGAAAUGGUCAGCUCCCACCUUACCAGCCACCUCCACUCGGUCGCCAGCGUCCUCAGGCAUACGACUACGACUACUGA